GCUUAUUGUUGAUACGGAAACACAAAUCGCUACAAGUGGUCAAGAAUUUUAUGUGCAUGAAAAGAUUUUUUAUACGAAUUUAUAUUAUUAAUAUUAAUUAUUAGAUAAAUAAAAACCAUAUUUUUUAGACAAGUUUUAUUUUUGUGACAUUAUGUAUGUAUGAUAUAAAUAUUAGAUACAUUUAAUUUUUUAUUGGAUAUAUUGUAUUGACUAUGAAUUACACCAUGUAUAUUUUUGGUUUGAUAUUGUUUAUCGGGAUGGUUUCAUCAUCGAUAAUCGGAUCAAUAUCUAUUACAAAAACAACAGUGAUCGGUUUUUUGGCAUCUGAAUUUCAGUCCACAACAGGACUCAAGUUAACGACCGUUUUGGAAACUUCAACUCUAACAAAUGAAAAUGAUGAUGACGAUUGUAUCUGCACGCCUUAUCAUCAGUGCAAAUCUUAUAAAGCGGCUCCUGAUGGUAACGAGCUUAUAGAUGUAAGAAUAAACGUAGCUCCAUGUCAAAGUUAUUUUGAUGUUUGUUGCAAUGAUACAAAAAUUACUUCAACUGAAAAGUAUGAGUCAAAUGUUCCUGAUGCUACACCUACUAACUGUUAUUGUCUUGGUCCUGAAGAUUAUAGCAAAGAACCAAAUAUUGACCAAACAGAUGUUACUAAAAAACCAUCUUAUACUGAGAUGCCAUUCGACGGCCAUACAGUGGAUCAUACUAAAGAAACAUAUGUUAGCCAUAAUGAAGAUAACACAAAAAAGCCGUACGACGGUCAAUCAAAUGAGUAUCAUAAGCACACGUCGGAAGGCCCAAAAGAAGAUUAUACUAAAAAACCCUACGACGGGCAUACAGAGGAUCAUACUAAAAAAACAUAUGUUAGCCAUAAUGAAGAUAACACAAAAAAGCCGUACGACAGUCAAUCAAAUGAGUAUCAUAAACACACGUCGGAAGGCCCAAAAGAAGAUUAUACUAAAAAACCUUACGACGGUCAUACAGAGGAUCAUACUAAAGAAACAUAUGUUAGCCAUAAUGAAGAUAAUACAAAAAAGCCGUACGACGGUCAAUCGAAUGAGUAUCCUAAGCACACGUCGGAAGGCCCAAAAGAAGAUUAUACUAAAAAACCUUACGACGGUCAUACAGAGGAUCAUACUAAAGAAACAUAUGUUAGCCAUAAUGAAGAUAAUACAAAAAAGCCGUACGACGGUCAAUCGAAUGAGUAUCCUAAGCACACGUCGGAAGGCCCAAAAGAAGAUUAUACUAAAAAACCCUACGACGGGCAUACAGAGGAUCAUACUAAAAAAACAUAUGUUAGCCAUAAUGAAGAUAACACUAAAAAGCCUUAUGAAAGUCAAACAGAAGAGUACACAAAAAAUCCGUAUGACCACCCAAAAGAAGAUUAUACUAAGAAUCCGCAUGACGGCCAAUCAGGAUAUAUUACUAAAGAACCGUCUGUAGAUAAUACGUACGAGGUGACAGAUAAAUCAAAUAAUCCUGAACAUAUUAUUUCAACUGAACCCGAUAAAACCUCUUAUGAUCAUCAUCAUGUACAACAUAAAUGUGGUACUUGGAAUAAAUAUGGAGCUGGUUUUAGAAUUGGAAAUACACCUGAUGGUGAAUCACAGUUUGGUGAAUUUCCCUCAAUGGUGGCUAUAUUCAAAGAAGAAUUAUCAAAAGACGGCGAAAAAAAUCUUGUAUUGAAUUGUGGGGGUUCGUUAAUCGAAAAAGACGUCAUUUUAACAGCCGCUCAUUGCGUGAUAAAGAAAGAUAUUUCAACAUUGGUCGUUCGCGCAGGUGAAUGGGAUUUAAAAACAGAAAAAGAACUACUUAGCCACCAAGAUCGAAGAGUAUCAAAAAUUGUUACUCAUCCUGAUUAUUACGCAGGAGGACUUUAUAAUGACGUGGCUUUAAUUUUUACCGAAAAUCCAUUUUCUUUACAAGAUAAUAUUCAACUUAUGUGCUUACCUUCGUCAAAUGAUAUUUUUAUAAAUGACAUGUGUUACUCGAGUGGUUGGGGUAAAACUGUUUCUUACAAUAAUUAUACUAUUGUUAAGAAAACAGAAUCAGGAAAAAUUAAAGAAUCUGGUCUAUAUCAAGUCAGUAUAUUGAAAAAGGUUGAACUCCCGAUUGUUCCUCGAAGUAAAUGCAUGGACAUUCUCAGGACUACUAGACUUGGACCAAAAUUUGUACUGCAUGAUAGUUUUAUAUGCGCCGGUGGUAUAGAAGGAAAAGACACGUGUAAAGGUGAUGGUGGCAGUCCAUUGAUGUGUCCUUACAAAGAUGAUCCAGAUCAUUUAGUUCAAGUUGGUAUUGUGGCUUGGGGUAUCAAUUGCGGUCUGGCAGAUAUACCUGCGGCUUAUGUUAACGUGGCCGGUUUCGUGUACUGGAUUAAAAACGAAAUAGAAAAAAGAAGAUAUUGAAUAUUUCUAUAAUACUUAUAAUGUGUAAGAAUUAUAUUUAAGAUAGAUACAUACAUAUAAACAUGUUCAAAUGAAACUUUUUAUGAAAAUAUUUAUUUAUUUUAUACCGGCUUUAUUUAGAAGAUUUUAUACAUUCAUUAUUAAAAGACUUAGAUAUUAUAGUUUUCAUAAAUUUAAAUUAUAAGAAUCUUCAUUGCUAUUUUAAUGAUAAUAUUCCAUGGAAUAUACUCGUACAUACAUGUAAUGAAAUUUUCAUUUGGUAUAUUUAUAAUUUUAUUUUCAAGAUUGUAAAUUGUAUUAUAAUAUAUACUAUUAUAAAUAGAUAUAAACCAUUAAAAUACAAUACAAAUUACAAUGUUUAUAACAAAAAAAAAUAUAUAUAUAUAUUAUAAAUUAAAAUAUACAUUAAUAUAAUAGUAAUUACGAUUUAUAUUGCCCUUGAUGUCAAUAAAUGUGUAUUAUAAAAUAAAAAUUGUGAGCAAGUGGUACUGCUCUUCGGUUAAUUAGGUGUCUAGAGAGUCACUGUAAUUGAUGUGUUGAAUUUGAUUCUGGACGGAGAUCUAGGAUUAGCCUAGAAUCAUAUUAUAUUAUAUCAUAUGAUAUUUAUGAAAAAAAAUAUAUUUUAAAAUUUAUUAUUCCAAGUAUAGUUUCAACAGCUUAAAAUAUAAAAUAGCAUUAAAUAUUAAUACUAUAUUUUAUGAUUGAGUAAAAUGGUUUGCCUAGAUUAGGUUUUACAAUCAAUAUGUUUGAGAAAUUAUAGAUGAUUUUAUUGA